UCAUUCAAUGCGAGCACAUAUAUAAAUACUUCUUAUGUAUAUUAUAUAUAUAAAAAUCCAUAAGCUUUAAAACCGACACAAAAGGCCUUAGUAAAAUUUACCAUACAAUUCUAAUUUAAAUAUAAAAUAUAAUCUAAAAACUCAAUAAAUAAGGGUAGCUGUCACAAAAUUAAAUCUAAAGUAAAAAAUGAAGUAAAUAAAUAACAUCGGCGGAAAAAAACGUACUUUCGUGGUUCUGCUUCGCAUGCCAAUUGAUAUCUCAGUCAGCACGAUAGAUUCGCAGACACGUGCAUACAUAUUAUCAAUUUUAUAUCUACAGUUUUAUUUCAACAAUUUUAAAUCGUGCCGUCGUGUGUUGUAUCUAAAAGUUUUUAUUUCUACAUCUAUUUCAAAAUUAGGGUAAGUUUUAUUGUUCUCGUUCUCGUUGUAUUGUAUAAAAGCCUGUCAAUUUUUUAGGUAUUUUUGAAAAAGACCGAACACACCGGUCGGAACUUUAAAUAAAUUUAUUAUGAAUUAGAAACCUUCUUCUUUUGUUUUACGUAACGGACCAUAAUAUAUACCAAAAGUCUUGGACAACAAAUGCAAACAUUAAACAAUUACAGUUAUUUUAAUCUUUCUGAAUUUAAUAGGUGACUGUGCCGAAAGUUUUAGGUUAUUUUUCCAUGCCAGCGAGGAUUUCGUUAAAAAGCAAAAAUACAUUUUUCGCCAGGUUCCAGAUACACAGAAAUCUUAAACUGUGACACACGCGCAGAAAAACCUAAGCAGCACUUGUGAUACCAACCGAUAACAGAAAUUAGGCAAUCGUGCCGUUACAAUUAUAAAUAUGCACUGCCAAACUCUCGCAGCAAGAGUCUUCGAGAUGCAUCCGAUCGUAGCACUUUCAACCAUCUGGGUCGUGAUCAACUCCGUUUUGGCGCAGAACAGUUGCACGGUGUCCUCUUAUGACCAGGUUGCCAACGCCUUGUCCGAGUGUACCACUCUCAGCAUCGACGACAUCACCGUGCCUGCCAACGAGACCCUCAACCUCAAUCUGGCCGCCGGUUCCAGUUUAACUCUCACGGGGACCAUCAAAUUCGGAUUUCUGGAGUAGCAGGGGCCCUUGGUGGUUAUAAGGGGUAGCAACGUCACUGUUACCCAAGCGCCCGGUUCCGUAUUCGACGGCGAAGGUGCUAAAUACUGGGACGGGCUAGGCGAUAAAGGCAAAGUCAAACCAAAAUUCCUCAGGGUUCGGACAAGAGGCGGCUCGAUCCUUACUGGCAUCAACCUGUUGAACUGCCCGCACCAGUGCGUGUCGAUCAGCAACGCGCAGAGUACCACCCUGCAAAACUGGACCCUAGACGUGUCGGCAGGAGACAAGGACGAGUUGGGCCACAACACCGACGGCUUCGACAUUUCUAACUCUACCGACAUAAUCAUCGAUACGGCUACCGUCAAGAACCAAGACGAUUGCGUCGCGGUGAACCAGGGUUCCAAUAUUCAUCUCUCGGGAUUGACCUGCUCCGGUGGUCACGGUUUGAGCUUAUCCGUCGGUCUAAGCGCAGGAUCCGACAACACAGUUAGCAACGUCACCUUCGUCGACUCUUCGGUCUCAAACUCCCGCAACGGUAUCCACGUCAAGACCCAUGCCGACGGCGGUACCGGUUUCAUCAAAAACGUCACCUACAGGAACAUCCACAUGACCGGUAUCACCCAUUUUAUCAUCAACGUCCAGGAGGAUUACGCGGGAGGCAGUUCAACUGGUACUCCCAGGAAUAAUAUCCCCAUCAGCGGGCUGGACAUAUCCGAGAUAACCGCCACCACCAGCGGUUCAGACUGCGUCCCCGUCUUCAUCCUGUGCGCUACCGACGGCGGAUGUAGCGACUGGACCUGGGACCAGCUGUCGUUCAGCGGUGCCUCCAAGCCCGACAACUGCACGAACUUCACCCCAGCCGGUUUCGACUGUUCAUAA